CCAUAAUUAUUCCUGCCUGAGGCAGUUUGAGCUGCAGAGAGCCCUUAUCAGUAAAAGUGAUAGUAGCUUUUAGUUUGCUCAGCAAGUCUCUUCCCAAGAGGGGUAGAGGGCAAUCCGGCUUGCACAAGAACUGUUGUAUAAUCUCGGCCUCCCAUUGAGCAGUGGUAGCUAUGAGUGAGCAUGUGAGAACAAGACCCCAAUCCUCAGAAAGAGGAAAUGACGAAGAGUCUUCCCAGCCGGCUGGACCUGCGAUUGUCCAGCAGCCCACUGAGGAAAAAUGUCAAGUGGAGCCACCAACUGAAACUCAGGGUAUUGCACCCAGUGGGGAGAUCAAAAGUGAAGGAGCACCUGCUGUUCAAGAGCCUGAUGUGGAAGCUCUUCAACAGGAACUAGCUCUGCUUAAGAUAGAGGAUGAGCCUGGCGAUGGUCCGGAUGUCAGGGAGGGGAUUCUGCCCACUUUUGAUCUCACUACAGUGCUGGAAGCAGGUGAAGGGCAACCAGAGUUUUAAACCAAGACAAAUGAAGACUGAAACCAAGAAUGUCGCUCUUAUGCUGGAAAGUUUACUGCUGACAUUCUUUUAAUAAAGUUUUACAUUU